UGGUGAUAGAAUCACCCAUUACCCAUAAACUGUUUCAGUUACUGUUUGUUCUCCACAUUUCUUAUCUCUUCCAGUCUUACACACAAAAACAUGAGCAACAACUUCACUCACAGACAGUCUUGCAAUAUAAAAUGGCAGUAGCAUUUUGUAAACUGAAUGUGCAGUUUGGUAACAUACUCCAUCAAUCUUUCAUCAAGAACAAUCAUGCAAUAAGGUCUUAUUAUCCAGCUGAAGUUCUAUUUGAAACUGCUUGUAAAAGAUCAUUACAGUUCUGUUAUGCUUCAGAAACAAAUAAACAAAGGCAGAAGAGUUUGUGUAAGAGUACUAGUAGUUCCAGUCAUGAAAUUUGUGAAGAAGAUCAGGAGAAAAUUAUUGGUAAAGAUACAUUAAUAUGGAGAGCAAUCAAAUUGCCAAUUUACUCUGUUGCUUUGGUUCCUCUUACAGUUGGUGGCGCUGCUGCUUAUUUGCAGACGGGGGUGUUUUUGGUUAAGCGAUAUUUUGUGCUAUUGGGUUCUUCAGUUCUCAUCAUAACUUGGCUCAACUUAAGCAACGAUGUUUAUGAUUUCGAUACAGGAGCUGAUAAGAGCAAGAAAGAAUCUGUUGUGAACUUACUUGGCAGCCGUUCAGGAACCUUUGUUGCUGCUUGCUUAUGUCUUAUCCUUGGCUUCACUGGUCUGAUUUGGACAUCUUUAGGAGCAGGCAGUAUAAAAGCAAUAUUGUUGCUGGCUUCUGCAAUUACUUGUGGCUAUAUAUACCAGUGCCCACCAUUUCGGUUAAGCUACCAAGGAUUGGGUGAACCCUUAUGCUUUUCUGCAUUCGGACCGUUCGCUACGACUGCUUUUUACUUACUAUUGGGUAGUACAAGUGAGAUGACUAAUCUUCCAUUAACUAGCACAAUUCUUUCUGUUUCAAUCCUUAUUGGCCUCACAACAUCUUUAAUCCUCUUCUGCAGUCAUUUUCAUCAAAUAGAAGGAGAUCGAGCUGUCGAUAAGAUGUCCCCGUUGGUUAGACUUGGGACUGCAAGAGGUUGUUAUGUAGUGAAAGUAGCAAUUGUGACACUUUACUCUCUUUUGCUCGCUUUUGGUUUGAGCAGAGUUCUUCCUUUUCCUUGCAUCAUUCUCUGCGCCCUUACGAUACCUAUAGGGAAACUGGUAGUUAGCUUCGUCGAAGAAAACCAUGAGGAUAAAGAGAAGAUUUUCAAGGCAAAGUACUAUUGUGUGAGGUUACAUGCUUUAUUUGGGGCAACAUUAGCAGCAGGACUCAUAGCAGCUAGAAUUCUUACUGGAACCCAAGUUUCUGGUCUGAUGUUUUCUUGAAAAUUAUAUUUUUGAAGGAUGGAAAGGAUCACAAUUAGGAAUAAUCUCAUCUUGUUAAACUACAUGUAUUAUUUCACUACUGUUAUUGUUGUCCUAGUAAAAGGGCAAUGAUUUAUUGAUGAAUUAGAAAAAAACUUCUCAUGACUCCA